UUAAAUGAAAAGGUCAUAUACGAUUGUGUGGAUAUACAUAAACAACCUUCCUUAAGUCAUCCACUACUCCAUAAUCAUAAAAUCCAGAUGGAACCAUCAUUUUACAUACCUAAACCAAAACAUAAUGGUCAAAAAAUAAAUGAAAUUAAAAGAACCAUCAACUGUCCAAAUGGAACGGUUCCUAUACAAAGGAACACAAAAGAAAAUUUUGCAGAUGGUAAAUAUUGGGCAGAAAAUUUUGUUACUCCACUUACGGCUGGAGGUCAUGGAAUACAUUUUGCCGGAGUUAGAACACAAGAUAAAGGCCCUUACCAUGGUUUGGCAGCGUGGAUGAGUGUGCAUGAUUUGAAUGUUAAUCACGACCAGAUUUCAUACACUACCAUAUAUGUAGAAAGUGAAGUCAACAACAAAGUUAACUCCAUCCAAACUGGCUGGAUGGUGAAUCCAAAUUUAUUCGGUGACAACCGCACAUGGAGUUAUGGAUUUUGGAAGGGUGCCAAUGGAGCAGGCUGUUAUAAUACAAUAUGUCCUGGUUUUGUUCAAGUGUCAAAAACUGAUCUUUUAAGUGCACCUUUUCCUUAUCCCGGCAAAGGACAAGGAGAAAGAGCUGUAUAUACUAGUAUUUUACAAGAUAAAGUAACAGGAAAUUGGUGGACAACAGAUGUAAAAUACAAUGGACCAGAUACACAUGUUGGUUAUUGGCCAAAAGAACUAUUUGAUCUUAUAAGUAAUGGUGUGGAUAUAGUUGGAGUUACGGGAGCAGCCCGCGCUUCAUCAUCUGGUAUAAGUCCGCCAAUGGGUAAUGGUCAUCUACCAACUGAAGAUGAGAAAGCGGCUGCUCAUGUUAAGAACCUUCAAAUCUUAGAUUCUGAAUUUAAAGUCAAAGAAAGUAACAAAUAUAAUUUAGAAAAGGUAUUGGAUAACAACAAAUGUUAUGGUUUAAGAGAUGGUAAGAAACGUAUUUUCUUCAAAGAAUCUAUUUUGUUUUCAUAUGGUGGACCGGGGGGAGAUUCUUGUGGAAUCUAG